AUAUCAUAUCAUGAUUAAAUGGUAAUAAUAGUUCUUAUAUUUUAAAAAAAAGUGUAAUUCAAUAUUGUGAAUAAAAGCUCGAACAACUUUUCACUACAAUAAGAUUUGAUACGCAAGAGAAUUCAGUCGACAACGGAGACCCGAGACAUGUCAUAUGUCAAAAUAAUCAAAACAAAAUAAAGUAAAUUGUGCAAUAAUUUAACCAAAGAAGUUUUAUAUUAGUGCAAGGCACAAAAAUAAGCAAAUAUGCAUUACUACGAGUACAAAAUGUGAACAAUUUUAUCUUUUGUAUGCUGGCUUCUGUUUUUUUUUUUUGCAAUGAAGAAUGAAGAAAAUCUUAUGAGUUGCGACACCAAAGCACAAACAAAAACUUUCUGUAUGUCUCCUUAUGGCUCAAAGAGCAGUGGCGAUGAUCAUUGUCCAGAACAGUACUCAAAGGAUCCUCAAUAUCUUUGUGUAGUCAACAGUUCAAAAAAAAAUUCAAAUUACGUUUGUGAAACUAGUAAUUUUGAAGCUUCUUCAACGUUGCAAAGGCUGAAACAUGGCGUUCAUUGUAAUUUAUUUAAUUUCGAUGUAAAACAUCGUAUAAUUCUUCAAGAGGAAUUUAACUGUGCGGAUACGAUUAUUGAAGACUAUCCAUGUAAAUAUUGUAACUACAAGACACAUUUUAAAGUAGCAUUGCAACAUCACGUUCUGAAGUUUCAUCUACAUGUAGAGGAAAACUUGAGAUUGCUUUUAGAUUUCGGAUUGAUAAGUUACACUUGCAAAGUGUGCAAGUUUGAAACGUUUUCGAUAUUGCAAGCAAUCAAACAUAAAAAUGCAAUUUGUAGCAAAAGUGAAAAUGAGAAAAAUUAUCACUGCACUUAUUGUAAUGCUUUUAAGUGGAGCAGAUGUGAUUUGGUUUAUCACAUAAAUGCCAAACAUACCGCAAUAGAAAAAAUACAGUGGUACAAAUGUGAAGAGUGUGCUUUUCAGACAAAACUCUUAUCAAAACUGAACCGACAUAUUCGCAUCAGACAUACCAAUGUAAAUAUUGGAGCAUACAAGUGUGACCAGUGCAGUUUCCAAACACAACAAAAAUCUUCACUAACUCGACAUAUUACCGCAAAACACUCUAGUGGUAAUAGUGAUCUUAAGUGCACUUAUUGUGAUUACGAAGCAAAGACUAAAAGUUCUGUAAAAUCACACGUUUAUUUACGACAUACUACUUCAGACCAAAUCCAGUGGUUUGAAUGUGACAAAUGUGAAUAUAGAGCGAAACGUAAACAGGCAUUAACGUGUCAUGUUUAUGCCCAACAUAGUGCUUCGGAAGAUAUAAAAUGGUGGAAAUGUAAGUGCUGUGGAAUAAAAAUGAAAGAUCAGAAUUCUUUACAUAUUCAUAUAAGCAGGAUACAUAAGCAGAAGUCUGGCACUGUUUUCAAAGAGGGGAAAGAACUAAGACCAUUUAAAUGUGAUUAUUGUGAAUUUGAAAGUAAGUUUAAGUGCAGUUUGAAGAUGCAUAUUAUGAAUAAACACACUCGUGUGGAAAACAUUGCAUGGUUUAAAUGUGAGCAUUGCACAUUUAAAUCAAAGCAUAAGUCACUUCUCAAUAAUCAUAUGACUACUGCACAUACUGACUCAAGGGAUAUACAGUGGAUUAAAUGUGAUCAAUGCGACUAUAAGGCAAAGCUCAAAAAACGCUUAAGUGAUCAUGUUAGAGUCAUGCAUGGUAGUAAAGAUGUAUUUCAUUGUACAUCUUGUGAUUUUAAGACUAGAUACAAAAGUUAUUUGAACCGUCACAUUUACUACAAACAUACCUCUCCGGAAGAUAUAAAAUGGCAUAAUUGUAACUAUUGUUCCUUUAAAUCAAAAACAAAGGCUCUUCUAAAGUCACAUAUGAUUAGCAGACACACUGACAUACAGGAGGGUAAAAAUUUAUCAAAGCAAAUACAGUGGUUUCAUUGCAGGCAGUGUGAAUAUAAAGCUAAACAAAAACAACAUUUACAAUUUCAUAUUACUACGAAACAUAGCUGUUCAACAGAUGUAGAAUUUAAGUGUGAAAAAUGUGACUAUAAGGCUAAAAUUAAAUCUUACUUAACUCAACAUGUUACUUUACGGCAUGUCCUUCCAGAAAUGAAAAACGAGAUUUUAGAAGAUAUAAAAAGAAAAGCCAAGUUAAAACAAAAUUUAGGUCAAGAUUAUUCGUGCGACUAUUGCUCUUAUAAAACUCCACAAAAGUCUAAUUAUGAACGACAUAUAGCAUUCAAACAUCUCAAUAGAUUAAAAACCUGUAAUUAGAUUAUUUAAUGUUCUGUUUGAAUUUUAAAUUCAGUAAAUGUUUAAUGUGAUUGGGAAUGUAUUAAUUUUAAUGGUGAUCUCUUAUCCCAAAUUAUUUAAUACCCAGUUGUAUAAUUGGAUUUAAAGAAGCAUUCAAUUAAGUGUUGUUUAGAAUGUGCUGUUUACUACGGACUUGUUGACAAAAAUUUCACAGCCUGAAUCAUUAGUUAACAAUAUCUAAACAACAUUUAAUUUAAAGCUUCUUUAUAAUUCGAUUAUGAAACAGGUUCUAAAUUAGUUCAUAUAGCGCCUUACUCGUUAUUGCAAAAUCUAAAAUGUUUAUUAAUGAGUAUAAUUGGUAUCAUUUUCUGUACACUGUACGAAUAAAAGUUAACAAUCAAUACAGGUAUUUUGGAGAUUUGUAUAUUAUGAUGUAGGAUUAUGUAUUAAAUAUUUUCAAUAACAUACGAGUUUAAUUUUU